CUGUGAUCCUGGAGAGCCCUGCCCUUCCUGUGACUGAGGGACAUUCUGUGACUCUGCGCUGCCGAUACAGAAAGGACAAGGAAAUGAAUGUAACACACUCAAACCUCACAGCCGAUUUCUACAAAGAUGGAUCCCUCGUCAGGACUGAGACUACGGGAGAGAUGACCAUCCCUGCAGUAUCCAAGUCAGAUGAAGGACUCUACAAGUGUUCCAACUCUGAAGGAGAAUCACCGGAGAGGCUGAUGACUCUGACAGUUCUCUCUCAUCCAGACUCUCUGAGUGUCCGUCCCAACAGAUCUCAGUUCUUUGAAUAUGAGUCUUUAAUUGUGAGCUGUGAGGUUCAGGGGAGCUCUGCUGGAUGGACACCGAAGAGAUACACAUCGACUGGGAAGCUUUCAGCUUGUGGAACCGACUGGGGAAAACAACAAGGUUUUUCAUGCAUCGUGUCACUAAUACCAUCAGACAGUGGGGUGUACUGGUGUGAGUCUGGGUCUGGAGAACACAGCACUGCUGUCAACAUCACAGUACACGCUGGAGCUGUGAUCCUGGAAAGCCCUGCCCUUCCUGUGACUGUGGGAGAUUCUGUGACUCUGCGCUGCAGAUAUAAGGGAACUCCCUCUGACCUCACAGCCGAUUUCUACAAAGAUGGAUCCCUCGUCAGGACUGAGACUACGGGAGAGAUGACCAUUCCUGCAGUAUCCAGGUCAGACGAAGGACUCUACAAGUGUUCCAACUCUGAAGGAGAAUCACCGGAGAGACGGAUGACUCUGACAGCUGGAGCUGUGAUCCUGGAGAGCCCUGCCUUCCUGUGACUGAGGGAGAUUCUGUGACUC